AUGUAUCGCACUUGUUUACCCUUGUCAUCAAUUUAUUGUAAAUUGAUCGAAUGCGAGCGUGAUUGUGGAUAUUUUCAUGAAGAUUUUAUUGAAGCAACGACAAAAUUGCGAUGCUCAUCAAAAGCAACAAGCAGCGGAAUCUCUGUUAUGGGAUCCGAUGACGAAUUUGAUAUGACGAAACGCCGCGAAUCCCAAAACGUUUUCGAGUCGAUUAUCGCAAGCGCAAAGAGGAAGAUUUCUGGUGGUUAUCGAGAGCCUCCGCUUCCUCCAUUGCCUGAAGGGAUUCCAUCGGAUGCACGAGAGAAAACGCUUUUCACAAUCGGGGACACAACAUAUUCCGACACUACAAUCACCAAGAAUCAUCCAUAUUGGAAGAAAGAAGAGACGAGAAAAUCGAUAUUGGGUGAGAGUGAUGAUGAGGAUGAAGUCAGUGGAUUAGAGGUUGAUCCACCAUCGAUUUUAGAUGAAGACAAGGAAUCUACAAUUGAGGCAUUGGUCAAACAAGCCUCUUUGGACUGGUCAACUAAUCCAAUUGGUCACGAUACAAAUGAUGUUCAAGUGUUUAACGAUAGUGAUGAUGAAGAUUAUUCUCAAUUGGAUUUGACGUCAAAACGACGAUACAGUCAUGAUUCUUUGGCUGAAUUGGCUGAUCGACGUUACACUUUUCGAAAACUUCCAGAAUACGAGCGAUCACUUGAUGUGAGC